AUGACCAUUUCAAACGAUGAAGUAAUACUCCAAAAGAUGCUGUCUACAAUGGAAACAUUGAGAGCAGACCAAUUGAGGCUGGCUGAACAGUUUGAAAAGCUGUCUACCGCAGCUUCUCCCAAGGACACUGCGUCUGGUGCUUCUGGCGAUCCAUUGUCGCCAUCUACUUCCAUCACUGCCAUCACAGAUGAUAAAGCCGUCGUAGGAGAAGCUGCUUCCAAGUCUGCUACUAGCCCUUCAUCGUCCAUGUAUCCUAGUCGUGUCAUUCUCACUACUUAUCCUGGCCAACACGGUAUCAAGCCCUUAUCAUUGAAUUGGGGUGCUCAAGACCCUAAAGUAAGAGGCCCUAUUGUGGCAUCGCGUCAUGCUGAGAGUAUCAAAAAGAGAAAUGCUAUUGGUGCCUAUGGUGGUUCGUACUGUAUUUAUCGUGCAUUAGCUGUAGCUAUUGGCGAUUUGCCUUCCAACCAUCGUCCCAAUUUUGACUUGACGGAACCCACGUAUCAAAUUGGCCCUCAUCCUUCUUGGUUUGACCCUGAAAAGAUUGUCUCUAUUGAUCCCUUUGGUCAUGAAGCACCUUCCAUUUUCAAAUCUGAAUACGAAAAUGGCUUGGAUGUCAGACCCACGAUUGCUAUUACGCGCGCUCAUAUGACAAUGGCUGAAAUGGAAAUGAGUGUCAAGAAUGGCACACUGGAAGUCGAUGGCAAGGUGGUUGUCAAUACGCGUGGCGAUUUGGCUGUCUCCAAAGCUGCUGUGGAACCUGUUUGGUAUCUCCCUGGUGUAGCUAAGCGAUUUGGUAUAGAGGAAUCAUUGCUUCGUCGUGCCCUCUUCGAGGACACUGGAGGAAUGUAUCCCGAGUUGAUUACUCGACCCGAUUUAAAGGUCUUUUUACCUCCUAUUGGUGGCAUCAGUGUUUAUAUCUUUGGCAACCCUGAAUAUAUCUCUGAUCCCUCGAAAAAGUUGACUCUUCGUGUGCAUGAUGAAUGUAACGGAUCCGACGUAUUUGGUAGUGACAUCUGUACCUGUAGACCUUACCUGAUUUACGGUAUUGAAGAGUGUGCCAAGCAAGCACAACAAGGCGGCGUUGGAGUCAUUGUUUACUUCAGAAAAGAAGGCAGAGCCUUGGGUGAAGUGACCAAAUAUUUGGUGUACAAUGCUCGUAAGAGACAAGCAGGUGGCGAUACUGCAAGUAACUACUUUUUGCGCACAGAAUGUAUUGCAGGUGUAAAGGACAUGCGAUUCCAAGCAUUGAUGCCUGAUGUAUUGCAUUGGCUGGGUAUUCAAAAGAUUGACCGUAUGAUGUCCAUGUCAAAUAUGAAACAUGACGCCAUUGUUGGAUCCGGUAUUCCCAUCCUCGAACGGGUGCCUAUUCCUGAAGAACUCAUACCAGCUGAUUCUCGUGUCGAGAUUGAUGCCAAGAUUGCAUCCGGCUACUUUACCAGUGGCAGUGUAUUGUCUGAGCAAGAACUCGCUCAAGUCAAAGGCCGCAAUUGGGAGGAUAUUGAGCAUUAA